CGGUUAGGGUUUUAUUUAGUAGUAGUAUUUCAUUCGCAGCCUCGUCUCGUUCAGAAAAAAACGGUAGGGAGAAGAGGAAGAUGGCCGAGACUAUGGUGCUCCGCGGAACAAUGAGGGCUCACACCGACUGGGUGACGGCGAUCGCUACCCCCAUAGACAACAAUGACAUGAUCGUAUCAUCGUCACGCGACAAGUCAAUCGUCGUCUGGAACGUCACCAAGGAGGAGAAGAUCUACGGUGUUCCCCGCCGCAGGCUAACCGGCCACUCCCACUUCGUGGAGGAUGUUGUCCUCUCCUCCGACGGCCAGUUUGCCCUCUCCGGUUCCUGGGACUCGGAGCUCCGACUCUGGGAUCUCGCCGCCGGAACCACGGCCCGCCGCUUCGUGGGUCACACCAAGGACAUCCUCUCCGUCGCCUUCUCCAUCGACAACCGUCAGAUCGUCUCGGCCUCCCGCGACGGCAGCAUUAAGCUAUGGAACACCCUCGGCGAGUGCAAGUACACCAUUCAGGACGGCGACGCCCACUCCGAUUGGGUCAGCUGCGUCCGAUUCAGCCCCAAUACGCUCCAGCCAACCAUCGUUUCCUCCUCAUGGGACCGCACCGUCAAGAUCUGGAACCUCACCAACUGCAAGCUGGCUUCGACGCUCGCGGGCCACUCCGGGUACGUCAACACCGUGGCCGUCUCUCCCGAUGGAUCUCUUUGCGCUAGCGGCGGCAAGGACGGAGUCAUUCUGCUGUGGGACCUGGUGGAGGGAAAGAAGCUAUACUCGCUCGACGCCGGCUCUAUCGUUCACUCUCUCUGCUUCAGCCCCAACCGCUAUUGGCUCUGUGCUGCCACCGAGUCCAGCAUCAAGAUCUGGGACUUGGAGCACAAGAGUGUCGUCGUCGAUCUCAAGGUCGAUCUAAAGGUUGAGGCGGGUGAAGGGUCAACAACCCAAGCCACUUCUGCCGGAAAGAACAAGGUUAUAUACUGCACAAGCUUGAGUUGGAGUUUUGACGGAAGCACCUUAUUCAGCGGGUAUACUGAUGGUAUUAUCAGAGUGUGGGGGAUCGGGCGUUAAGAGUGAUUUUGGAAUGCAUUUUAUCAUAGCAUUUCAAGUUAUUUAGGUUUCAGAAGAAUUUUUUUGAAAGGUAAUUGGAUUUUUAAUCUAUAUUUGAUGGUUUUAGGCCUUUUCUUUUCGGAUUUCGAUAUUUUUGUUUAUUGUUAUUUUUUCCCCAUAAUUGAUUCAAGUUGUUUGCUUAAUUUGGGUUGUUUUGACAUUUUUUACUUCAAUCUUUAUCCUUUUCUAA